AUGGGCAUUUUCAAACUUUACAAAUUCAUCGAAGACGCGCAUACACAUACAAAUCGCGCUUUCUUACACCUUCUGCUGCAAGAUCAACAGCUCAUACCUCGGCUGCGCUCUCUCGAACGUUAUUUCUUCCUGGCCUUCCCGUCCUUCCUCACCCACCUCUUAGACCUCGCCCACACAGAGCUGAAGAAGCCCGCGAAAGGUGUCAACAUCGUUAAGCUACAGAGUUUGCUCAACCUUACACUUACAGGGAAAGAUGCCGCGUUCCGCGAAGAUGUCAUCAGCGUAAACGGCGUGAUCGGUGGUGAGGAAGGCGAGGGUGUGCUAGAUGAAGAAGCAAAGAAGGAUCGCGACCGGGAGAAGGAUGACAAGCCCAUGUUAGCGAUUGAUGCCCUUACACUCGACUACAACGUGAAACUCCCCCUUUCACUUGUCAUCUUUCGCAAAAUGAUUUUGCAUUACCAACUCCUCUUUCGUUUUCUCUUACAUCUCAAGCAUGUAGAACAGUCGCUCGCGUCGAUGUGGAUACUAGCUUUCACAACAUUCGAGGUUUUUGAACCUAACUGGCGAGCGCAAGAGGCGAACUUGGCUAAGGCAAACCACCGUAGACCAGCUUCUGAGGGAUCACAUGGGCUUUCUGGACACUUGCCAGAAAGAAUGCAUGUUGACGAAUGUCAAACUGCUGAGGUGACAUACUCCACGUUCGCAUUGUACACCUCCCCCGUCACCAAGUCCGCCAAUCAAGCGCUCGCAACAGCAGAGAGCGACGGCAGCGACCAAGCGGUGAACAAAAGCCGGGAAUUCCUGAAGAAGUUCGAAUCUAACUUUAACCACCGGUGA